GCGAAACCUAACACAGGUAAAUGACCUACAUUUGCCAAUGAGGAAGCAGGCGACAUAAGUUUUCAAAAUGGGGAUGUUAACGAUCGUGGGCUGUGUUUUCACGGCCGCGGCCCUUCUCUUCAUGAUUGUUGCCUUCGCCAGUCCAUAUUGGGUGGAAUCUUUUGAAGAGUUUAAAGGAACCUUCGUCAAGCUGGGCUUGUGGGAGUUUUGUUUUAACGACUACACUUUCUAUAAGGACUACAAUGGCAAGCGUUACCUCGGCUGUUUCUAUGUGUUUUCUCCCGAGAUUCGACCUAUAUGGGAGUGGGUAUCACCACCUUGGUUUGUAUCGGUUCAAGUCAUGGUGUCGGCCUCGCUGCUCUUCAUUUUCUUGGUGUCUGUGUGUUUAGUCCUGUAUGGUUUCAGGCUUUUCCCCAAGCACAUCGAGUUUGCAGUGCUGUUGGGCACAGGAGCUAUGAUGGGAUUUUGUGUGGUUGUGAUCCUGAUCGCACUGAUUGUGUUUGGCGUGUUCAAGGAGGACAGACUGUGGAUCCCCCGGCCUGACAUGAACCUGCUGUCCUGGUCCUACGGCCUGUGCUGCAUGUCGGGAUGGUUCUGCCUUUUUGCCUCUGUUUGUUUACUUUUAGCUGGCAAAGACAAGAAGAAUGAAAAGUACCCAGCACCAAACAACUAUAUGUAAAUAACAUGCAGCUGUACAGAAUUUUCUCGUUACAUUUUUUAAAAUUCAUAUUGUAUUCAUUCAUAUCUGAACAUAGUUUUUUAUUUCCUUCUUGCUAACUAAAAAAAACAAUCUUAGAGAUUCAGGUUUUAUGACAAAAUGUUGUGAAUGUAAACUUUUCCUGCCCAGUCUGUCUGGUCAAUAUCUGACCACUCACCUACCAGGUCUGGUCAAUAUCUGACCACUGACUUGCUGACCACCCACUUAUCAAAGUUGAUGGUCAACUCAAAUGUAAAUAAAAAUGUAGACUUAUGGUGGACAGUCACCAAAUUGUACAUGUUUUUUUCUUAGUUUUUUAAAAAUAAAGGGACAUAAUACACUUAUAAACUUGAACACUCCAUGAGUUAUCAAAUAACCCAGUACGUCUUCACAUUAUUUUCUUCUAUCCUAAUGUUAGACCCAUCAUAGUGUGUCCUCUCCUCUAAAAGUAACUAGUUCUGUUUUGGGAUCCAUGCUUGAAAACUGCUGAUGGUAUUUGUAUGUUUUUCUAUCUGUUCUAUAAGCACAGAAUCUCUUACAUCUUUAGGGCUUAUCUAUUGUCAAACAUUUUAAUCUUCACUUACAUCAAUGUUGUUCAUCAGGAAACUGAACAUUUUUAUAAAUAAUCUUUGGAAUUUGCAGUGUUUGUUUCAAGGGAGAACAUUCAUCCAUUUUUGUGUGAUUCCAGCACAUUCACACAACACACAGACAUUCAUGUAUCCAUCUAAUAUUCAUUGUAUUGAUGCUUGCAUUAAUCUGAUGUGAUUGAGAGUCACUUAAUUAUUCCAGUCGUUAGUGAUCAAGGGAUUGUUCCAGUGUUAGUCAUUAAAUCAAGGGAUAGCUCCAGUUAUGCAACUGUCUGUCAAGUAUGACCUAACACUUUAUAUUUAGCCCCACUUUUAACUCACUCAAAUGUUAAGGACUAGCGGUCAAAGUUUGUAAAGCAGGUCAACUUGUGUCAGCGCUGGUCAGCCUCUUGAGAUUUUUGGAAGGUUUUUGUAUAGAAAAAACUGCUUGCAGGUGUAUAUAAUUGAUAUAAUAAAAUUUCUAUUGGAUUUGUAAACAU